GCCGGACCGGAUGAUGUUCCUGAUUGGAAGCUUCGGAACGCGAGAGUCGCGAAGGAGCGGUGCGAAAAACUCAAGGAGAAGCAUCCUGAGGUCCUUGAAAGCGGCAGCAUGAAGCGCAUCCUCGGCAUCUCUAAGGCCAUGGAACUUGGCGAUGGCAACGUGACCCGAGAGUGGAACAUCGAUGUGGCGGCUCACAACGAAGGCCCCCCAGCUGCUGACUUCCAGCUGCCGACCAUCAACAGAGUGGAAAAUGUGAGUUCAGCGGAUGCAGCCUCGCUUGAUUGCUUUUUGAUCUCAGAGAGUCUGCGGACCUUGUUUCUGAAGACCGGAUUGCUGUUUGCAAAGUGCGAGUCCUUGAGCCUGGGUCAUCGUCAUCAUCUUCCAAGCUGCCUACUCCCACAGAAGGAAGGAUUUGAAAAUCCAGACCAUCAUGAAUUCCUUCUCUCGGCGCCGCUGCCUGUGGGGCGCGUGGGUGGCCCAUCGGGCCACGUGACUGUGGAGGGACUUUCUGCUGAUGAGAUUGCGGCAUUCGAGGCAUGCGGGAUGACUCACAUCACUGGAUCGUGCUUCGUGGGCCAUCAGCUGCCGUAUCCCCGGUUGCCUUGGUACAGGAAUGACAUCGAGCUGGUUCUGUGCAAUCCGAAUCACUGCCUGAGGCAUCGGGAUUCGCUGUUGGAAGCGCUGGCCAGAGCCAAAGAGUACGACAAGGCCAACUUCCCAAUUUUCUUCCACUGCAACAGUGGAAUGCACCGGGCGCCAACUUUGGCCUUGGCAUUCCUGGCGAGGGUCAAAGGCAUGCGCGAAGCGGAAGCUGCCGAAUUGAUCAAGUCGCGCAGGUCGAUGGUGCAGUUCAUGGCACAGCCCGGGAAAGCAAGAUUGAUGCUCAAGUCAUUGGUGCAGCAUUCCCUCGGCGUGCCAAUGCCCCAGCAAUGCCCGGAGAGACCAGAGCCGGUUGGACCGCAGCCGGUGUCUGGUGACCGGGUCCUUCUGUUCCGGCAGAAGUGGGCGAGCCUGGUGUUGGAAGGCCACUGGCCAAACAUGAUU